AUGGUUCAUCUUCGGGCUUUAGCGCUUCCGCUCUGUCUGUGCUACUGCCUGGGGCAAGCGUCUGCCUUCCGCUUCCAGCAGCCUGCCCGCUUGCUUCCCUCCCCAGAGGGUUUGCAGCAGCAGCAGCAGCAGCAGCGCAGCCUGGUUCCCGCAGCAGCAGCAGCAGCAGCAAAAGCUGGCGAACAGCGAGCCCCAACAGCAGCAGCAGCAGCAGCAGCAGCAGCAGCAGCAGACGAUGAGCUGCCUGCGAGCAUUCUGGAUGUACCCCCCAGCUUCUUCAAAGGCAAGCGGGUGUUGGUGCGGGGAGACCUCAACGUCGCCGUAAUAGAAAACAGCAGCAGCAGCAGCAGCAGCAGCAGCAGCAGCAGCAGCUACUACAGAGUGACUGACGACACACGCAUGAGGGCCCUAGAGCCCACGCUGCGCUAUUUGCUGGACGCGGGGGCCCGCGUGUUGCUGCUGUCGCACUUCAAGGACCCCAAGCUGCCGCAGCAGCAGCAGCAGCAGCAGCAGCAGAUGCAGCAGCUGCAGCAGCAGUACUCGCUGCGGUUCCUGCAGCAGCCGCUGCAGCAAAUGCUGAAGACCCCCGUCAAGUUCGCCCCCGACUGCGUCGGAGAAGAAACAGAAGAACUUUCGGAGCAGCUCAAAGAGGGAGAAGUGCUGCUGCUGGAGAACGUGCGGCUGCGGGAGGGCGAGAAGAGCAACUCCGAGGGUUUAGGGUUUGCGCUUUCGCAGCUAUUUGAUGUUUAUGUAAAUGACGCCUUUGGGGCGCUGCACAGGCAGCACGCUUCUAUGGUUGCUGCUGCAGCAGCAGCGCAGCAGCAGCACAAACCCGCGCUCGCCGGGCUGCUGCUGCUCAAGGAGCUGCAGGCCAUACAGGGCGCGUUGUCGCGUCCGGCGCGUCCCGUGUGCUGGAUCGUGGGGGGCUUGAAGGUGUCUUCGAAGGCUUUGCUGCUGCAGCACCUUUUGGAGGUUUCGGAAAAAGGAGAUAAAGUUUUGAUUGGAGGCUGCAUGGCUUUGACGUUUUUGAAGUCCCGAAACUUCGAAACUGGAAACUCCCUCGUCGAAGACUCGCAACUCCAAACCUGCAGAGAAAUCGAAGCUGCUGCUGCAGCAAAGGGGGUCUCGCUGCUGCUGCCCGAAGACUUCGUGCUGGGCCCUGCUGCUGCUGCUGAUGCUGCUGCUGCUGGCACUGCUGCUGCUGCUGCUGGAGUCCCUCCUCACCUCAUGGCCCUGGACCACGGGCCCCUCACAAACCAGCGGUUUGCUGCAGCUAUUCGCGACAGCAAAACCAUCGUCUGGUCAGCAAACCCUAAACCCUAA